AUGACGUACAUGGGCACGUGGUACGAGAUCCAGCGCUAUCCCCAUCGUAACCAACCCAACGGAGACUGCGUGGUGGUAAACUACGCGCUGAACCAAACCUCCGGCGAAGUGGCCAUUUUGAACCGCAUGAGGGUGCUAGCCGAUGACGCCACCGUGGAGGCGCGAGGAACGGCCGUAACGGAUCCCGAAUAUCCCGGCCAGGGUGUUUUGAGGGUGCGCUUCGAGGAGACACCCCCGGAGGUUCCGGCCUCGUACUACCGGAUUCUGGGCGUUGUCUACGACCGGUACGCCGUUGUGUGGUCCUGCCGGGAAAAUGGUGCGAAUUCAGUUGAAUCUGCUUGGGUACUUUCACGAGCUCCAACGUUGGAAGGUGUUUCAGUAUCGAUCGUUAAAGCAAUCAUCGACCAGCACCUUGAUCAUGACUCAUUUACAAUUACGAAGCAAGGGGAACAGUACUGUGGAGGAGUGGCGGCUUUGACUACUUCAAUCGUGGUGUUUAUUUUGAGUGUUUUUGUUAUGCUGCAAUAA